AUGUCGACGUCCUAUGAGGUACCCAUUGAGCCGCUUGUAAGUGAUGGCUCAAAUUAUGCUUCCUGGUCCAUUCAGAAAUUAAUGAUAUCAUUCUUGAGGAUGAAGAAAUGCGAGAAAAUGCUCAUCUCAUUUGGAAAUUUCUCAAGAAUCUUUAUGACAAAGAUUGCUCAGUACCAUCAUCAUCAUCAGUGCUUUAUAGUCACAACUGAAGAGAAGUCAGACUCAGACAGUGAGAGUGACAGUGAUAGUGAUAGUGAUGAUGAUGAGAAUGAAGAGUUAAUGCAUGAACUUGGAAAGCUGGACAAAAAGGUCAGAAAAACAGUGAUUGAUAUGAUGAAAAGAGUGACAAUUCAACAUCAUGAGAUUAAGAGGCUAGAAAAGCUUCUCAAGAAGAAAGAUGAAGAGCUCAAGAGUCUUAAUCAAGUGCAAAAGAAUAAUGAAGAUCUCAAGACUCAAGUAGAUGAGCUCACAAACAAGCUUAUGUAUGAGCAAACUCGUGGUAUGGAAGUCAAAUGCUCAAAUGAAAGGCUUGUGGAUUCAUUUGUCACCCUAGAGAUAGCUCAUGAGGUCAUGGUUAUAGUGGUAAAGUCAAAUAAGCAAAUUGACAACACUUGCUCACAAAAUGAGAAUAAAGAGAAACAAUUUAGGUAUGAGCAAGUGAUCAUGGAAGAUUGCAAUGAUGACAUCGCCCUAGAAAAUGAAGUGCUCAAGCAAGAGGUUGAGAGGCUCUCACAAAACUUGUCAAAAUUAAAAGGCAAGAGUGUUGUGCAACCUUCUCAAGAUCGUGAAACCAUGGUGAAGAAGCUUGAGAAGGGGUCCACCGUGCAAAACUCUUGCAAACUUAUACACAAGUCAAAGGAGAGCAAGUCUCAAGCAAGGAAGAAAAAUAUGGAUGAUGAGUUCAUCAACUACUCGCCCAAAAGCCAUUUGGGUCCCCAAAUCUUUGUUGACUAA